GUGCUCCAAUGUUCUGUCAUUUCUGAAGCUCAGGGAAAAAGAACGGAUUACUUCCCUAUUUUGACAGAUAUGAAAAGUUUUUAAACAUUAUUUCUUUAUGCAAUUUGGACAAAAAUUAGAUCUUGUUCAUCAGUUACAAUAUUGUUACAGAAAGAUUAUCUUUGGUCUUCAGGGUUAAACAAGAGAUUUUUUUCUAUCCACCAUCCAGAAAACCGAGACCAGAAGGCAAUAAAUGCACCUGCUUCCCAGGAGAGAUUGUUCAUUUUACCUUACAGAUGACGUCCAAAGAGAGCCAUUUUACAGCAACACUUCUGACCUCGAUCCUGGGAGCUGUACUCGGCCCCCUGCAGAUUGGCUACCAUACUGGCAACAUUAACGCACCAGCUAAGAUCAUUGAAGAGUUUUUCAACAGCACAUGGCGAGCCAGACACAACCAGUCAAUGACAGAUCACAGCCUGACUCUACUGUGGUCACUUUCUGUCAGCAUGAAGGACUUUGGAGCUUUGCUGGGGUCUCUGGGAGUUAAAUACCUGGCAGAUUCAUACGGCAGACGUAACUCCAUCCUGAUUGCUAACUGUCUGUCCGUGGCAGCAGCAUGUAUUAUGUUUGCCUCUAAGGGCAGUGAAUCAUUUGAAGUUCUCAUCCUGGGACGAAUGGUGUUUGGUCUGUUCUGCGGUCUUGUGAUGAGUCUCAACCCCCUUUACAUCCAGGAAGUGUCCCCAACCAAUCUGAGGGGAGCCUUUGCCACACUUAAUCAAGUGUCAUUAACCUUCGGGACCUUAAUAGGGAUGGUGGCUGGCCUGGAAACAACGCUGGGUACAGAGAGUAACUGGGCAAUGAUGCUGUCCCUGUCUCUAAUCCCCGCCCUAACACAGUAUCUGAUCCUGCCUUUCUGCCCUGAAAGCCCUCGCUACCUCCUGAUAAACCAGAGAAAGGAAAAGAAAGCAGAAGCUGCCCUGCUGAGACUGAGAGGUCAUCCUGACAAAGUGUCCCGUGAGCUGGAAGAAAUAAAGGAGGAGGCUGCACACACACAGACUGGCGUCACCAUCCGGGAUUUCCUCCACAAACAGAGCUACAGGAAACCAAUCCUUAUUGUUCUCCUCAUUAACAUAGGAAGCCAGCUUUCUGGAUUCAAUGCAAUUAUCAACUACUCUACUAAGAUGUUUCAGGCCAACUUUGAUGAGGCCAAAUAUCUGACUCUAGGGGUGGGAGCUGUCAAUCUCAUCUUCACUUUAGUUGCUCUCUUCUAUGUGGAGAGGGCAGGAAGGAGGAAGUUGCUGCUGAUUGGCUUCCUCUCCAUAGGAGUGUGCAAUUUACUUAUGACCAUCAUUGAUUCUGUUCUGCACCUGGUUCCAGAGCUACGGAACCUGCAGGUCCUGCUGGUGUUCUGUGUGGUAUCGGCUUACGAACUGGGUCCUGGUCCCAUCUCCUGGUUCAUUGCUGCCGAACUGUUCGACCAGCCUGGAAGACCUAUAGCCAUGGCCUUCACCAGCAUGGUCAACUGGGGAGGAAAGUUUUUGCUUGCGCUUCUCUUUCCUCCUUUACUGAAGCUCUGUGGGUCAUACGUCUACUUGAUUUUUAUGGCCGUGGCUCUGCUCGCCUUCGCCUUCAUGUGGCUCCGCCUCCCAGAGACAAAAGGCCGUACGUUUGAUGACAUUGCAGAGGAGUUCAGAGGAGCAGAAGGAAUCCCACUUCACAACAGCAGCGGGUUCAACACUUUUACCUGAAGAGCCACUCAUUUAUUCUCCAUGAUGAUCCAGGAAAAACCGAUAGAAUUUUAGCUCAGCCUGCCAAAAUAAGAAAUGUUUCUCAUAUGUUAAUAGAAUUUUAUAGAAUUAAUUUUCAUUUAUUCAUGUUUUGGAUAUUCUAUGGAGGUUCACCACACCUCAAAAAAAGCUCCUUUUCAUCAAAUAUCAAAUUUUCACUUAAUGGGGGUGAGUCUGACAUAGUGGAAAAAUUGCAAAUCUUUCAGAAAGUAAGCUUGAAUGAGCGAUGCAAACAGCAACUUUUAAACAGAGCGUACACAAGUAGAAAUGGGUUUGGGGAUGCUCUUGCAUGCAUCUCGGGAGUGGGUACAGGGUUGUGCAUAUGCAUUUUUUUUUAAGUGGAGUCUUCAAAAAUUUGUGAAAAUCCUCCACUACAGCUGUAAUACAAGUCACCUUAAAGUCGUAGGGAAACGGCUGUUCCAACCGUUGUAUUUCCAAAUUUUCUCCAGUGGUGCCAGACUUUACACGAGUGAAUAAAGUUAAUGUGAUUGAUCGUUUAUCAAGAGGGCAGGAUUGUUGUGGCAGGUUUGCAAGCAAGUUUGAUUGUGGCCGGUGCCUCGGAAGCAUCUUGCUACUGUAACUGGUUAGUAGGGAGUAGGUUACCAAUGGGAAAUUCCAUUGGGACCAAGUAGCACUUAAUUGGUGACUUAGAAACAACACUGUCAAGGAACGCUAUGGACAGUGGAAACAUGCAAGAGAAGGAGAGUUUUGUGUCAGAGGUCGUG